CCUCCGCCCCCUUCGCUCCGCCCGCAGGUGUCGCUGCUGAUGACCGAGGCGCUGCUCGUGUUCUCGCCGGAGGCCUCGCCGCUGCGCGGGCUGUCCCGCAAGGCCAAGGCGCGGGCGCACUGGGCGCUGCAGGCGCUGGCAGUGCUGUGCGCGGCGCUGGGGCUGGGGCUGGUGGCCUACAACAAGCACCUGCACGGCACCGGGCACCUGCGCACCUGGCAUGGCCGCAUCGGGCUGCUGACCGUGCUGUACUUCGCCGCGCAGAGCCUCGGAGGGCUGCUGCUGCUCUACCCCAAGCUGGCGGGCUGCUGGCCGCCGGGCAAGCUGCGGCUGUACCACGCCACGGCCGGGCUGGUGGGGUACCUGCUGGGCUGCGCCAGCCUGAUGCUGGGCAUGUGCUCUCUGUGGUUCACUGCCGCCGCCCGAGGGGCCGCCUGGUACCUGGCCAUGCUGUGCCCCGUGCUCACCAGCCUGGUGGUGAUGAACCAGGUGAGCAACGCCUACCUGUACCGCAAGCGGAGCCAGCACUGAGCGCGCUGCCCCGGAUGCUCUGCGGCUCCUUCAUCCCAGAUGGACUGCGGUGGCUGCGGGGCGCAUCGCAGCUCUGGUGACACCGCCGGUCCCCAGCACAGGGAGCGGGAGAGCCGUGGGGUCCCGCUCCAUCCCUCUUCCUUUCCAUCCACGCACAAAUCCCCAUGCCACGGGGCUAACGGUGGCAAGGUUACGGCCUGUCGGGCACCAGGGGGUGUUUUGCAGCCUGCAGGGGCUCGGUUCAUCCCUCUGAGGAGUGCAGAGAACGGUACGAGCACAGGAGAAAACUCAGCAGAUGCCUGUGUGGGUGCCCAUCCUCAACAGAAUGGAGGGAGCAGGCUUCGUGGAGCAGUGACCCUGGAAGGAAUCACAGCUCCUCUCCUCCCGCAGCAGCCGCCUCUCCAGCCCCAGUGGAGUGGGGCUUGAUGGACUGCGCUGCGGUGGCCCCAGGGUUGCUCCCUAUCAUGCUCCUGGCAGGGCCAGAGAGCUGGGAGCAGCACCCAAGCUGGGAAAGUCCUCUGUAUCCAGAGCUUUUAUUCAAUAAAGAUUCAGGCAGCUACAGCACA